CUUGCGCCUGCGAGCACUUCUCGGCAUACUGAUCUCUUGGGGCGAGCGAGACCCGAGCUUUCUUCUUUCGCCCCUUCCCCACGGAGAGAGAGAAGAGAAGAGAAGAGGAGAGAGAUAUGGAGGCGGUGAUGGUCGCGGAGGCGGUGAAGGACCCCACGGUGGCGGUGGGGGUGGUGGCGCCGGGAAAGAAGAACCGCAUCCAGGUCUCCACCCACAAGAAGCCGCUCUACUUCUACGUCAAUCUCGCUAAGAGGUACAUGCAGCAGAACAAUGAGAUCGAGCUCUCUGCGCUGGGAAUGGUUAAUGAAGUGAAGAAUUCAAUGCUACCUGGCAUGAUCACUGAUGAUUUCUUGAUCCUAUUUUCGUGUAUUCCAGCUAUUGGCACUGUCGUUACUGUUGCCGAGAUACUGAAGAACAGUGGCCUGGCUACUCAGAAGAAGAUUCUGACAUCGACUGUUGGCACCAAAGAUGAGACCAAGGGCCGCCUUGUCCGGAAAGCCAAGAUUGAGAUACUGCUGGGGAAGACAGAGAACUCCAACGAUGCUGCGAUCGCCACCAAGGUCGAUGAGAUCAAGGCUGGCAAUGAAGACACUGAGGAAGAAAGCAAGGAAGAAACCAAGGAAUGAUUGGGAAGUGGAAUCUCACCGUGUCUGCCAUUCAUCAUUCUUCUGUGUGCAGAGUCCUUAUCAGAUAGAGUAGGGAUUAUUCCAGUCAGUGCUUCUGACAUGGACACAGCAUAGUAUACUGCAUGUCUUUUCAUUUCUUGUCAGUUCUACUCUCUCCCCAGCUCUGCUCGUGAGCUUUGGAUUCUACUCAGAAUGUCUGUAUUUUUGAUGUUCAACUGAAAGUUACAUGUCUAAGAUUUGUAUCUCAUUUUACCCUCGAGAUGAUUGGUGCUGACCGAUUUUUCUUGGAGAAUAUAAUAUUUGUUCUUUGGGGAAGUUGAAAUAUUAAAUUCACUGC